CCAACACACGCACCGUUCGACAAGAAAAAGACUCGACGAAAUAAAAAUCGAGUGUCUUCGAGGGGCACUCUCGACGGCGUAAAGGUGUAGUGGUGCGCAAAAGAACUCACGUCAUACGUCGUCGGUCGGUGUACGCGAGUUUGACUUGCGAGUUGUAAAAGACGACUGUGUGAGCUUUCUGGCGAUAAUUUCGGCGGAAUAAUUUGGCCCGGAAAAAGUCGGUUUUUCGCGUGUUUGGAGUGGUUUAGGCUGGUGGAAGCGUAAUCGGUGCGUGGUGCGUGUGGAUUACCGUCGAAGGAGACUUCCGGAAGUGGCAGCGGGACCGAGUCUGAGACCUCAGGGGACCAGACCAACUUAAGGACAUAAACGUCACAGCAGCAGCAAAACAACAAUGGAGAAGCGAGUAGCGCUGGAAAAACGCGGCCUGCCAGAUGACCAGAUCACCGAGCUCAUCCUGGACAACUGUCGCAGCACAAACAUCGAGGGCCUUACGGACAGCUUCACCGCGCUCGAGGUGCUCAGCCUGAUCAACGUGGGCCUCACGUCGCUCAAGAACUUCCCCAAGCUGCCGGCGCUGCGCAAGCUCGAGCUGUCCGACAACCGCAUCUCGAACGGGGUCAGCCACCUGGCGGGCAGCCCCAAGCUGACACACCUGAACCUGUCCGGCAACCGGAUCAAGGACUUUGACGAGCUGAAGCCGCUGAAGGAGCUGGAGAAUCUGGAGGUGCUGGAUCUGUUCAACAACGAGGUCACCGCCACCGAGAACUACCGGGACAAGAUCUUCGAGCUGAUCCCGUCGCUUAAGUAUCUGGACGGCUUUGACCGGGAGGACACGGAAGCGCCCUCGGAUGAGGAGGACGAAGCCAACGGCGGUGGCGAUGACGACGAUGAAGCCGCAUGUUUCUCCAUCAACGGGAUCGACAUCGAUCUGGACGAACUGGAGCGGUUCGAGGCCCGGCUGAGGCAGAAACGUGCCGUCGUUGAAGAGGCCGUCAACGGGCUAGAGUCCCGGUUGGGCCAGCUCGAGCUGAGGCUCGAUGCGGAUGAAGAAGAGCAAGAAGACAAAUCCGAAGCCCAUGCUGCCGACGAUAGGGACGAUCUAGACGAGUUGUACGAAGAGAUACAGCGAAAAAACGAAUCCGAAAGUGCCGUCGCACGCAGUGAAAACCCCCCGUCGCUGGGGGCACUGCUGGUCGCGUUCCUCUCCCUGUUAGCGUUCCUCAAUCAGAUCUGCUUCGUUCAGCGGAACCAGCAGCUGAUGGAGAACGUCGAGCUGGAUGAUUCCUCCGAUUAUGAUGAGGAAGACGACAAUGAUAUCUCGCUGGCCGAUGUCUACAAUGACAACCUCGAGGAGGACGGUUCGGACUGGAAUGAGGAGGACGGCGAGGGUGACGACGACGUUGACGAGCCCACGGACGAUGAGGAGCAUGAUGGCGAAGGCGACAGUGACGGUGAGGCUGCUGGCGGCGAAGGUGCCGAAGAGAAGGCUUCCUCGGACGCUGAGGGCGCAGACGCCGAAGCCAGGGGUAAGAAGCGGAAACUGGACGGUAACGACGGUUAAAUCGCAGACCGUUUGUAUUCUUCUUUUUCAAAAAACAAACAAAAAACACACACCCCCUUUUACUUUAAUUAUUAUCGAUAGUGGUAACCGUAAGUUUCGACUGUAAGAAUACAAAAUAAUACUAUAAAGAAAGCGGAAGGUUUAAAACAAAAACACAAAAAAAGAAUCCAGGAAUGAAAGUAUAAAAACCACAAAUUUACAAUAAAAGAGCAAAAAACCAAUUGUAGCGAAGCAAAACGUGCGGCAUUCACAUUUACAGAAAAUCAAAUCGCGACCACCUCUGUCACACACAAACACACACACACACACACACACACGGCAGUAGCAGCAGCAGCAACAGUAUGAAAGAGGGAAGUAAGAGAUUAGUAGGGACCGCGGUUUCGAUACGAUCGUUGAAAAGUUUAAUUUUUCGCAGGAUCAAUCAAAACCCGCUGCCCCAGAGCGUUCGUGCGCGUGUGUUGCGGUUGCGAUUUUUACGCGCAAUCAGAGCCAGAAUUUAGAAAGACAGUCUUAGAGAUUUUGACGACACACAAACAAACACACACACACCAACACUCACACUUCUUAUAGCGAAAGCAACGUGUAUUGACGAUGUGCUGAACUCGAGUCAGUUAAACUUUUAUUUGUUGAAUAAAUUCAUACGUCACAAGCGCCAAGCUGAAAAACAAAUAGUCGAUCAUACUUGUAUUUGUGCACCUCACACACAUCCUUUCCCCCCGAAAACCCAAAUAUUCUUCACCCCUCGUAGAUAUUUAGUUGCAGCAAACUAUGUUCUUGUUGUAAAACCAAAUUAUCUUCCCAAGCGACGACACUAAAACGCGCGUUCCCCCUCAAAUCAAAAAACUGAAUUUUGAAUUUAUUAAGCAGUGCUGUAUAGAGAAAAACAACACAAACAUUUACAGACUUACAACACACACAGUAUAUAUUAACAAACAGCAAAAAAAAAAGAGAAAAAAAUAGUAAAAAUGAGAAAACAUUGCAGAAACAAUACAAACAAUUACUGCGAGUCAUGUGAGCAAAUCAAUGAUGGACGCGCGCGUGCGGCAGGUGAGAUAUGAAAGAGCAAAAUUUAUAAUUAACUGAAAGUAUUUGUUUAAAUAAAAAAAAAGAGUAAUUAAA